AUGGAGUCGGUUUUGAAACCGGCGGCUCUUCUGCUCACACUCUGGUGCUGCUGCAGUGCUCAAUACAUUUCCAGCAUAAGUCCACGUCGAGGAAGCUACAACGGAGGAACACGACUCACAAUUACAGGAUCAGGUUUUUCCCAGGAGGGACAGUUCCAGCUGAAUCCAAAAAACGACACCUUUGGUAACCAUGUGACCCUGGUGUCAGGUACCUUGUCGAUCCCCUGCGAUGUGGAGAGAGACUCAACACACGGCAACCAGAUCAUGUGUUACACCAGGCCGAUGCCCCGUGACUUGUACGUGGCCCACGUUAGGGUGGAUGGUGUUGCCAUUCCUGACAACCAAAUAUGCCGCGGCAAUCUACGCAAUUGUGGCAUUAAUACUCUUUGGUAUCGCACCCCCACCAUCACAAAUGUUGUUCCGGUCAGCGGCCUCCCAGGCACAGUAGUGACACUGCGAGGCCUGAUCUUCACGGACGUGUAUGGAAGCAACACGGCCGUGAGCUCGAAUGGCCUCAAUACCAGAUUUGUGAGGUCCUACAUGGGCGGUAUGCCGUGUGAGAUGCUCAAACCACAGUCAGAUGAACUAUAUAACCUGCGACUGGAUUCAGAAAAUUCCUACUGGGGAUACAUGAGCUGCAAAAUGACGGGAACAUAUAUUGGGCAUCACAACUUGAGUUACAUUCUGGAUUCUGACUUUGGAAGGAGUCUUCCAGAUUUUAAGCUGUUCAGGGUUUCAUCUGUGGGCAAACUUUCCAUGUUCCAGAGCUAUGCAGAGGUGACAGGAGUGUCUCCAUCCAAGGGCAGCGUCACGGGCGGAACCCUGCUGACCGUCCACGGCCGCUUCUUCGACCAAACCGAUCAGCCGGCUCGUGUUCUCGUUGGAGGUCUGCCUUGUGAAAUCCAGAGUGUGUCCGAUGACAGAAUAACGUGCAGAACUGCCGAGCACCAGAUGAACAACAUGAGCGUCUACCCAGGUAGCCGAGGGUUCAAGACAGAAGUGUGGAACAACACAAGACCCAGAUACUUGACCGACAUCUGGAACUACAAUGAGAACACGACUGGAUACUGGUCACGGUGGAUCGAUUCCAUGCAGCAUGACUUCCCUACAACUUUGACUAAUUUCUGCUCACGAUCCAGAGGCUUCAUUGUCCCUCCGACCACGGGUAACUACAGGAUAACCAUCCAGUGUGAUGACCGAUGUGAGCUCUACUUCAGCAACUCCAGUCGCCCAGAAGACAAAGUCAAAUUAUUGAGCCAGCCUUGGUAUCAAAGCUCCUACACCAUGUCCAAAUUGAUGGUUCUCGAGAAAGGAACACCCUACUACAUAGAAGUACUACAACAGCAGAAUGGCGGUCCAGCGGGUUUGAAUAUUGGCUUGUUCAGUGAGAAGAGUCAUUAUACACAAUACCAAACAAAGGAUGCCAUCAACGAGAUCCAGGAUAUCGUGGGUCGAUAUGACGUGUUCGACGAAGAACAGGUGGUUUCCUUUGACCCGUGGCCGAGCAGCUCUACCGCAGUCAAAGAGGUUCAGAAGGUGAGCGUCAGCAGCGGCUGUGCCAGCCAUCUCUGUGGCAGCGUCUUCUUCAACCUGGGCUACGGCAACGCCAAGACUGCUCCAAUCCCAGUCAGAGCCUCAGCAGAUAUGGUGGAAAAAGCCUUGAACAGCCUUUGGUCCAUCAAACCGGACACGGUUCAGGUCACAAAGCAGGAUUUCAGCCAAGGAUCCCACUACUUAGUCACAUUCAAUUCUGACAGAGGUGAUUUCAAACCUCUUCACUAUGAGGUUUUUGGCUCGGACACUAACGUCUCUGUUGCGGAGGUCACCAAGGGGAGGAGCAACAUGACGACAUUCACUCUGCUCUGGGGGGGAGUCCCAACAAAACCCAUCGCCUAUAACGCAACUGACGUUCAGGUGCAGUCGGCUCUGGAGGACAUGAUGAAAGCCGAGUGUCCCGCUGAGAUCCUGACCACCGAAGGCCCCGACGUGAAAUACUUCAAAGAUUUCGAAGACGACAACUCUCAGUUUGAUACUGGAAGGGAAGGGACUCCUGUGAAACACUCUGGUUUCUGUGGCCAGUGGUCACUGAAGAACGCUCAGGAUCUUUUCAAGGAAAGCUACACUCAAGCGUCCGGGGACAAAUAUGGACAAGUUUCAUUGGACCGAUAUCCCACGCUUUGUUUCGCCUACAAGGGAACGUUGAAGGAUGAAGUUGGAAUGAGAUUCUCGUAUCGCAACAGCCAAGGGCAAACCGCGACACAAACCGCAAAGAGCCGCACAGUCUUCACUAAAAGCCAAAAAUGGAGUUACAAGUGCAUGGACAUGCUGAGUUCUCUGCAGACUGAAUAUAUUGGCAGCAGAUACCAACUGCUGGAGUUCUACCUCUACCAAGACGCCUCUGGUGCAGAUUUCUACGUGGACGCCGUUCACAUCGGAAAGAGACCGACCACAACUAAUGAAAAUGCUGUUCCCCUCAGGAGGAGGCCUCCACCGUUCGAGCACCACGGACGUUUCUUCAGUGCGAUCUCUGUUUCCAAAGUCACGUCAGCUGCUGCACAGAUCAGCUACAAUAUUAAAGCCACACCAGUGGAGUGUGCCUUUGAUUUCCAGAUGCUAGAAGUCGCCUUCCUACAGAUGUCUAACAGCAGCGAGGACACGGCUGAGUUCAGGGAGGGAGCGGCCAACGUCACCAUCACUCGGCUGCACAGAGCCUCGCCUCCUCUGAACGGCACAUUUGAUGUGGAGAUUUAUGGGGGAAGAGCUGAAGGUCUGUCCGUGGACAUCAGCGAGGAGGACCUGAAGUACGCUCUGGAGGGAAUCGCGGGGAUGGGACAGGUCAGCGUCACGUACCAGAGAACCUGCAGACAGCCCAAGUGGAGGGUUAAGUGGCUCACAAACCCUGGAGGCCAGCCUUUGAUUCAGAUCAACAGCUCCUCAGUCGUGGGUCAAAAUGCAGCUAUUAAAGCUCAAGCGAAGACAAAUGGAGGACUGCACAUCAAAAGCCUGGGAGGAGAUUUCUUCCGUGUCUGGGAACCCAAACCUCAGGUGGAGGUGUCCAUCAAUGGAAUUCCCUCAAAGUGUUCUGGUGACUGUGGAUUCGAAUGGUCCGAGGAGAAGACUCCAGUGGUGACUGGAAUCAGCCCAUCUCAAGGAUCAAUGGGGACUCUUCUGACUGUUACUGGGAUGAACUUCGCCAACGAAAAUGCCUCCAUCAUGGUGGGACAGGUCAGGUGCCAUGUUGAACAGACCACAGCAACCUCUCAGGUGUGCAGGCUGGGCAGUGCCAGCGCUGGAACCUACCCUGUGUCUGUCACCUUCCCCUCGCUGGGGAACUCCCGCUACGCAGACAGCAACAUCACCCACUUCACCUACCGGCUCAUUGUGUCGUCUUUCUCUCCACUGUCUGGAAGUUUAGGAGGAGGCACUCUGCUGACGGUGAAAGGCUUCGGCUUCAGUCAGAACACCACCGUGACCAUCGGCAGUGUCAAGUGCACGCUGGUUCACACCAGUGACACUGAGCUGAAAUGCAGAACACCACCAGGUCUUGCUCCAUCAAACCUGGUGACAGUGACGGUGGGAAACAUGAGUGAGACGGCCAACGGCUCCUUCAACUACGACGCUUUGCUCACUCCUACUGUCACAGGCCUGAGUCUGCUCACGUCCACGGUGUUCGAACGCCGACUUCUCACCAUCCAGGGUUCCUCCCUGGGAAGCGGAGAUAAUGCAAGCGCCGUGUACGUAGGCGGAAAGGAGUGUGUCCCCGUGCACUGGGCAGCAAACAACAUCAGCUGUCAUCUGCCUGUGCUGCCGCCUGGUCUGUACAAGGUGGAGUUACAGGUCAAGAAUUUGGGCUUUGCACAGAUAAGCAACAGCACGAAUGGCACCAUUGAGUACAUCCUGGAGGUCUACAGCAUCACCCCGGUGUUUGGCUCCUUGAUGGGAGGGACCCGGCUCACCGUCUCUGGCUCUGGUUUCAGUAACAGCACGUCUGACAACAAAGUGUCUAUUGGAGAAGCUGUGUGUGAAGUGAAGCUCGCCUCUGCCAACGAGCUGCAGUGUGUGAUGCAGUCAGAGGAGAAGACCCACACCGUCACCAAUCAGGGAUCCCACAGCACUUACGGACAGGGAUACGCGUGGAGUCCUGCCUCAGUCACAGUGUUCGUCGGGGACACAGUGAUGUGGCGUUGGGAGGCGCCGGCCUUCCAGAAGGUGGGAUACAGGGUUUUCAGUGUUUCCAGCCCCAGUGGCACCACUUACGAAGGGGGACCAUUCACCAGCGGAGACACCAAAACCAGCAAAGGGUACUUUGGCUACCGCUUCACUGCCCCCGGCGUGUAUUACUACAGCAGCGGCUACAUAGACGGUGCUAACACCAAGCUGCUGCAGGGAGUCGUGAAGGUCGAGCCUCGGCAGCAGAGGAGCAGCAAGGCCUCCGUCAGCGUGGGAGGGAUAGAAGCCAGACACGUGAUGGGAGGUUCCCGCCGUGUUGCCAGAGAUGCCCCUCAGUGUGUGGCCACGCCCCAGUGCCCGGGGACCAAUCAGAGUGCGGGCGGUCUUUCUUUCAGCACCUCCACCUGCUCCACCCCCACAGUCACCUCCAUCUCCCCCAACCAGGGCUCGUAUCACCAGGUCAUCCACAUCCAGGGCAGCGGCCUCAGCGACAUCGCCUGCGCUAAUGAGGUGACGGUGGGAGAUCAGCCCUGUCAGGUGAUCAACAGCUCGCACUCUGCAAUCUUCUGCCAGCUCAGCCCCAGCAGCGAGCUCGCCGUCGGUGUCGCUCUCCCCGUAGCGGUCAGAGUCAACAACCUGGGCAGUGCCAUCAUUAAUGUGCCCAACGAGCUCGGCCGCCGCUUUGUUGUUCUGCCUGUGGUCGACUCUGUCUCGCCCCCUGUCGGCAGCACCACGGGCCACACCAGACUCUCCAUCCGCGGCUCCGGCUUCUCUGCGGGACAAGUGACCGUUGCCAGCGAGGCCUGUGUGUUUGUGUCGGUCAAUUACACCCAUAUCGUCUGCGACACCGCUCCCUCUCAGCCGCACACCGGUGAUGUCACCUUCCAGACGGGCAAGAUCCAAAGCUCCUGUCACUCAAACUGCUCCUUCAUGUACUCUUCCUCCAUCACUCCGACCGUCACCAGCGUUUCCCCCGACACCAUCAGCGGCCUCACGACUGUAAACAUCUCCGGCUCAGGGUUCGGCAGCCGUGUGGACGAUGUGGUCGUUUUCGCCAGCAGCAUCGCCCUGGCAGUGACCGCCGUGUCAGACAGCAACGUAACGGUACGAGUCGAUGCUCUCCCCGCAGGCGACCACCCAGUCAAGGUCAUUGUGAGGAGCAAAGGCCUUGCCUCCGGUCAGCCCACCCUGAGCAGCAGUGCCCAGGCCGUCCUGAGCCCCAGCGAGGGCAGCAUGGCAGGAGGAACUCGUCUUGUCCUCACAGGAAACGGCUUCGCUCCGGGGAACACCAGCGUGACGGUUGGCGGCAAACACUGCAAGAUUGAGGAGGUGACGCCGGGUGUUCUUCGCUGUCUGACGCCUCCUCACAGCGAGGGCCAGGUGGCCGUCAACAUCCGGGUCCUCUCAGUGGAGUAUCCUCCACUCAGCUUCACAUACUCUGCAGCCCACACGCCCAACAUCAGCUCCGUCAGCCCCACCACCGGGCCGAGCGGUUCAGUCGUCACUCUGACCGGUUCAGGGUUUGGAAACGACUCUCAGCUCAUCGCUGUCACCAUAAACCACGUGGCCUGCAAUGUGUCCGCGGUCUCCGACACACAGGUUCAGUGCACUGCGGGGGACAACCCCGGGGGGACGUACGGGGUCACGCUGCAUCACCAGGUCAAAGGUCACGCCCUGUCAGAGGUCAUGUUCACGUACGAGCUGACUCUCAGCAGCGUGCAGCCCAGUCAGGGCAGUUUUGGUGGCGGAGCUCGGCUGAGCAUCCAGGGCUCCGGCUUUGACCCGCGCAACUCCACCGUGACGAUCUGCGAGGAGCAGUGUGACGUCGACAGAAACAUGUCGACAUCCACACGUCUCUACUGCCGGUCUCCGUUCAACAACAGCACACAGUCAGAGCUGAGCUGCGUGGUUGCUGUCAUAAAUCAGCUGGAUGCCGUCAACGUAUCAGACGGCUUCAUUUACAAAUCUCAGCUGACGCCGGUGAUCACCGAGGUUUCUCCUGGCAGAGGAGGCACAGCCGGGGGCACGCGACUCACAAUCACCGGCUCGGGUUUCAG